GUGCUUGAUGUGGUGGUGGCAGGUGGGGUUGCCAGGACAUUAUAUAUAAAUACCGUACCGUACUUUACUGCCUUUAGCGUACCGUACUUUACUGCCUUUAGCGUACCGUACUUUACUGCCUUUAGCGUUGAACAAAACGACAGGAUGUGGGGCUCUGGUGGCUAUGUUCCCCCUGGAAGGACGCGGGGCCUGGCCAGCGACGCCUCGCGACCACUCACUGCCGGUCUGGGACGCGACUUCGAUGACCUCCAAGCAUCUUUCUCCUCUCUCAACCCUCUUCAGCGCUCGUCUAAGGUGAGGUCGUCCUACCAGCGCCUGUCCCGCCAGGAGUCAUCCGACGACGACGACCUGCUGCAGAGGUGGUCCCGCCCAGGCAGGACGACUGUUGGUGCUGGCCUCUCAGGAGGCGACUCCAUACUCUCCUCCAGGAUAAACACCGGUGACACCCUGGCGGGUCUCAGGGGAUCUUACACUACACGAAACGUAACAUCGUCGAGAUUUGACAAUUCAGAUAAUUUGUCGAGAUUUGAUACUUCAAGAAAUGCCUCCGUGCCAUCAAGAGGUGAUGCAUCAUCGUAUGUGGCAUCACUGCUAGGUGAUUCUUCUAGAUACAACGCGACGACACCAAGAACUGACUCAUCGAAGUACUUCUCAUCUCUCUUGGAAACAGAUUUUUCUAAAAACAAGACGACGCCGCCAAGAUCUGAGACAUCAAAGUACUACUCAUCUCUCUUGGAAACAGAUUUUUCUAAAAACAAGACGACGCCGCCAAGAUCUGAGACAUCGAAGUACUUCUCAUCUCUGCUGGAAACAGAUCUUCCGAAAAACAAGUCGACAACACCAAGAACUGACACAUCUGAAUACUUAUCAAAUCGGUUAGGAACCAAUUCAACGAGAAACACUGAAUCAUCGCUGAGAACUGAAACAUCGAAGUAUUCAUCAUCUGUAUCAGGACUUGACACUCCUAGAGGCGAGGGAACCUCGACAAGAUCUUAUACAUCAAGGAACGUGGAACGACUGUCAAAAACUGACGUUGCAAAGAAGACGUCUGCAGUGUCACCGGAUAAUCUAUCAGAAAAUGCAAGCGGAAACUCGGCACCACUGUCAGGGGCUGAUGAGACAGGAAACGUGACAACAUUGUCAUCAACUGAAACUUCAGAAAACGUGACAACAUUGCCAUCAACUGAAACUUCAGAAAACGUGACAACAUUGCCAUCAACUGAAACUUCAGAAAACGUGACAACAUUGCCAUCAACUGCAACUUCAGAAAACGUGACAACACUUUCAGAACCUGAUACUACAGAAAACGUGGCGCCACUGUCCGUAACCAGUCCUUCAGAGCAUGAAACAACAACCUUAGAAGCCUAUGACACCUUAAAUCUGGCAACAGGGUCAGGAACGGAUACUUUAACAAAUUUGGCAACACCCUCAACUGAUACUUUAGGAUGUAUGUCAACAGUGCCAAGCAGUGGCACUUCGGCAAACAUGGCAACACUAUUGGAAGGUGACAACACAAGACACGCGAGGACGCCUCCCAAGGAAAACAAGACACUAGAAAUGACCUCACCGGUGGAAGCAGAAAAUUCUCAAGACAUGGCAACACCGUCGAGGGCUGACAUUAGACAAGAUAUGUCAGAACGGCAAAUUGAUGAUUCAACACUAGAAGUGACAUCAUCUCAAAGGGCUGACACAAUGCACGCUGUGGCAUCACCAGAGAGGGCUGACACCAUUAGAGACAUGGUUACAUCGACUGGAGCUGACGCUAUGCAAGAUGUGGCAACACCAGAAAGGGCUGACACUAUACAAGACACUGCAGCACCAAUGGUAGCUGACAUUGCACGUGAUUUGGAAGAUCCUGACACAACACACAUAAUACCGUCACCUCUGAAGGCUGACAUAUCACAAGAGGUGUCAACGCCACUCAGAACUGAUACAACACUUGACGCUGUAACACCACUGCUUGCUGACACUACACUAGACACGACAACACCACUGCUUACUGACACAAUACGAGACACGACAACACCACUGCUUACUGACACUACACUAGACACGACAACACCACUGCUUACUGACACAAUACGAGACACGACAACACCACUGCUUACUGACACUACACUAGACACGACAACACCACUGCUUACUGACACAAUACGAGACACGACAACACCACUGCUUACUGACACAAUACGAGACACGACAACACCACUGCUUACUGACACAAUACGAGACACGACUACACCACUGCUUACUGACACAAUACGAGACACGACAACACCACUGCUUACUGACACCCUUCGAGACACGACAACACCACUGCUUACUGACACCCUACGAGGCACUACAACACCACUGCUUACUGACACCCUACGAGACACGACAACACCACUGCUUACUGACACCCUACGAGGCACGACAACACCACUGCUUACUGACACCCUUCGAGACACGACAACACCACUGCUUACUGACACCCUACGAGACACGACAACACCACUGCUUACUGACACCCUACGAGGCACGACAACACCACUGCUUACUGACACCCUUCGAGACACGACAACACCACUGCUUACUGACACCCUUCGAGACACGACAACACCACUGCUUGCUGACACCCUACGAGACACGACAACACCACUGCUUACUGACACCCUUCGAGACACGACAACACCACUGCUUGCUGACACCCUACGAGACACGACAACACCACUGCUUGCUGACACCCUACGAGGCACAACACCACUGCUUACUGACACCCUACGAGGCACAACAACACCACUGCUUACUGACACCCUACGAGGCACGACAACACCACUGCUUACUGACACCCUACGAGGCACGACAACACCACUGCUUACUGACACUGCACGAGACACGACAACACCAACGAGCAACGACAGUUCGCGGGGAGCAUCGCUACUGAGGAGCCGGGAGGUGGUGGCCGACGUACGGGAGCUGACGCCUCUCUACGAGCGCAUAAGAAGACGCAAGGAACAGCUGCAGAAUGCAAGCUUGCACGCAGCAGCAGCUGACGGGGACGUGGACGCUCUGACGAAGCUGCUGGGUGAAGAGGGACUGGAUGUGGACACCCCAGACCACUGUGACCAGACGGCACUUCACCUGGCGGCUGGCAGGGGCAACCUGGCCGCCGUCACCCUCCUCCUCCAGCAUGGAUGCCAAGUAAACCGCGCCGAUGUGGACAUGAGGACGCCGCUACACUGUGCGGUGGAGUCCGGAGAUGUGGGGGUGGUGGAGGCGCUGCUGGCGGCCGGGGCGGAGACCGAUGCCCCGGAGCGCAGGCGUGGCAGGACACCUCUCCACCUGGCUGCUCUUGCUAACGCCCUCGACAUUCUCAAGCUGUUGCUACACGCCGGCGUUGACAACCCACUGGAGGGCCGCCUGCCUCUCAAGGUGACCGACAAGAAUGGAGAGACGCUUCUUCAUCUGUCCGCUCACGUUGGGCUGCGGGAGGUGACUGAUGCGUUACUAAGCGCCGGCGCCGAGGUAAACGUCACUGACCACUCCGGCAACACGCCCAUGCACGCUGCCAUACUCGCCAGGCAGCGCGGCGAGAAUAAGACUUGCUCGACGAUACUGGAGGCGCUGCUGGAGGCAGGAGGGGACCUGCUGGUGGAUGGGGAGGCGGGUCCCCUCCUUCACACCGCCGCCAGUGUGGGCUGCGUACAGUGCCUUCGUGUACUGCUCCGUCGGGGGGCCAGCAUCGAGUCCAGGGACAGUAAGGGCCGGACUCCGCUCCACGCAGCCGUGGAGAGCGAGCAGCUGGAACCUGUCAACUUCCUGCUGGGGGAAGGUGCUGAUCCAGAGGCCACAGACACGUUCCGUCAGUACCGCGCCCUCCACCAUGCCAUCCUGGUCGACUCCCCUGACCUCAUACAGCGGCUGAUGGAGGCUGGCGCCGACAGGAAAGUCAGGGACCGGGACGGGCUGACCUUGUUCCAGUUUUCUAUGUUGAAGAGGAAGUACAAGGCCCUGGAAGCUCUUGUAAAACUUGGGGUGACUGAAGUGAGCGACGACCAGAGCGUCAUCCACUACUGCGCAUGUGCCGGAAGUCAGCCAGCCAUAGAGAUCCUUCUUGACAACGACUUCAACAUCAACGAAUCAGACAGUGACGGGCGGACGGCGCUGCAUCACGCCAUCUACUCCGGGCACGAGCUGCUGGUGCUCUUCCUCAUCAACAGCGGCUGCAACAUCAGGAAGGCGGACAAACACGGCGCUACGCCCCUGCACUACGCCGUCCGGUGGGGCGGCUCCGACGCCGUCCUCAGGCGUCUCGUCAAGAAGGAAGGCAACGUGGCCGCCGUGGACAGGCUGGGCCGCACGCCUCUGCACUAUGCUGCUAGCAAGAGUUCCAUCCUGUCAGACAUGUAUAUCCUCCUGAACAACGGCGCCAAGCUCAACACCACUGACAACCGCGGCCUCACCCCGCUCCAUCUCGCCUCGCGCCUCGGCAACGAGUCCCUCGUUCGAAUCCUCCUGGACAGCGACGCACGACACGACAUCCGCGAUUGCGACGACUUCCUGCCCAUCGACCAUGCCAAGGAAAACGGACACAACUGUAUCAUCAAGCGCCUGGAGUCCUACGCGCUCAAGAAGGAGAGAGAGAAAGACCCGAGAUUCGGACUGUACACGCCGAAGAAGCAGGGGAAGGGAGGGAGGGAGGAAGAUGGUGGGGACGAGGAAGAGGAUGAUAGUGAAGGACUGAAGAUUCAGAGUAGGUACAGGCUGAGUCUUAUGCGGUAGGAAGGUGAUCUGAGACAGUCUGGGGGAUUGUGGAAUCUGUCUGGAGUAGUCUGGGGAUUGUUGAAUCUGUCUGGAGUAGUCUAGGGAUUAUGGAAUCUGUCUAGAGUAGUCUGGGGAUUGUAGAAUCUGUCUGGAGUAGUCUGGGGGUUGUGGAAUCUGUCUGGAGUAGUCUAGGGAUUAUGGAAUCUGUCUAGAGUAGGCUGGGGAUUGUAGAAUCUGUCUAGAGUAGUCUGGGGAUUGUAGAAUCUGUCUAGAGUAGUCUGGGGGUUGUGGAAUCUGUCUGGAGUAGUCUGGGGAUUGUGGAAUCUGUCUAGAGUAGUCUGGGGAUUGUGGAAUCUGUCUAGAGUAGUCUGGGGAUUGUAGAAUCUGUCUGGAGUAGUCUGGGGAUUGUAGAAUCUGUCUAGAGUAGUCUGGGGAUUGUGGAAUCUGUCUAGAGUAGUCUGGGGAUUGUGGAAUCUGUCUAGAGUAGCCUGGGGAUUGUAGAAUCUGUCUAGAGUAGUCUGGGGAUUGUAGAAUCUGUCUAGAGUAGUCUGGGGAUUGUAGAAUCUGUCUAGAGUAGUCUGGGGAUUGUAGAAUCUGUCUGGAGUAGUCUGGGGAUUGUGGAAUCUGUCUGGAGUAGUCUGGGGAUUGUGGAAUCUGUCUAGAGUAGUCUGGGGAUUGUGGAAUCUGUCUAGAGUAGUCUGGGGAUUGUGGAAUCUGUCUAUAGUAGUCUGGGGAUUGUAAAAUCUGUCUAGAGUAGUCUGGGGAUUGUAAAAUCUGUCUAGAGUAGUGUGACACGACGACUCUCUCCAUCCUGGGCCCUUAUGUGGGUUGGAUCAUUAAUUAUAAACAACUUUAUUGUAACUUAUUUUCUGUUUGAAAUUUUUAGGCUUUCUGAAACUAUUUGGUGGAUGUAAUUUUUGAAACUGUACGGAAGUAAUGAAUGAUUUUUUUUUGUUAACUAUCUGAAAUUGAUGUAAGCUUUCUGAGAUUUACAAUGUUUGAACAUUUUUUAAGACUGUAAGGAAUUAAUGAAAGUUGUGUAGAGUUUUGUGAAACUGAUGGAAGGUGUAGAGUUGUCAUAAUUAAUAUUGAAGCUAUGUACUUAAAUCACAGGAAAGUAAUGUCGGUACAAGGAAAUGGGGGGAUCGAACCUGCAUCCUGGAAUAACAAUGAAACAAUAUGGAAACUGCCUGAACUGUUUGGGAAAUGGCAGUUUUGGUCGGUCGGGUUAGGUAAUUUUGGCGUGUCUCGCUACUGUAUUUUGAUCCUUAUGGAUAACCCGUUCUCUUGAGUUGCCGCACACCGGACAAAAUAAGGCUACCUUAUCUCUCCUUAAGGUUGCACAGAAUCAAAGCAAAAGUAUUAACAUGUUUGUAAACGAUUUUAGUAAUUUAAAACUUGUUUUGAAAGCAAUGAUAGAAUGAGAAUAAUAAUAAUGAUAAUAGUCGCAGUCUCUCGCCAUAUAAUGGAGUGGUAUCAAUAAGAGACUUAUCAACAAGGGAGAAGUGUCAACAAAAAGACUUGUCAAUACAAAAAAAGAGAUGUCACUAAAUUAUCAAUAGACAGUUGCAAUAAGAGACAUUUGGUCAACAAGAUAGUGAGAUAAGAGACAUUUGGUCAACAAGAGAGUGAUAUAAGAGACAUUUGGUCAACAAGAUAGUGAGAUAAGAGACAUUUGGUCAACAAGAGAGUGAUAUAAGAGACAUUUGGUCAACAAGAUAGUGAGACAAGAGACAUUUGGUCAACAAGAUACUAAGAGCAAGUAAAUCCUGAGUUAAUUCAGUGACCUUAAGACUCCCUUUAAGGAUCCUAACUUUUUUGUAGUUUUGUUAACCAAAAUCCCAUUUUAUAAUGGGUACGCUGGACUUUGUUAAUUAAUAAUAAUAAGUUAAUAAUAAUUAAUAAAAUAAUUAAUAGUAAUAACUAUACGCUAUCAAGAGGCUACACCUUUUUAAACCUUAAUACUAGGCUUUGUUUACGUUUGUGUAUGUGUCGUGUGAUAAUGAUUCAUUUUUUUCGGGGACAGGCACCCUGUGUAUAUAUAUAUAAAUACGUAUAUAUAUUUAUAUAUAUACGUUAGGUUUAUAUCAAGGUCCUUCCUAAGACCGAACUACUGACCUGCCCCAGGAUAUAACGUCAUAACAGUUGACUAACUCCCAAGUAUCCAUUUACUGCUAGGUGAACAGUCGCAUUAGGUGAAAAGAAACUUGUCCAAUCAUUUCUGCCCCGCCCGAGAUUCUCGAUUGUGAGUUGUGAACGGAGCCAACUGUACUACCAAGAUCCUAGCAGUAUGGCGUGUAUUUUGGUGUAUGAAGUGCUGUCCUACAAUGUAAUGAAAACAAAUAUAGGCAUAUGUGUGUGUGUAUGUGUAUUAUAAUAUGCAGCUGAAUAUGUGCAAGCCCUUAGGGUCCUCUCACCCUAUCAUUCUUGUAGCCUAGCACAAGAAUUUCUUGCGCUUCAGUCGUUAUGACCGACGAAAUAGUGUGUGUGUGUGUGUGUGUGUGUGUGUGUGUGUGUGUGUGUGUGUGUGUGUGUGUGUGUGUGUGUGUGUGUGUAUAAAUCCUAAGGUACUAGUCAGUGACUGAUAAUUUGGAGAGGUUUAAAAAAGAAGGUACGCGCGUUAAUCCUUGUCGGAGGCGGGUUUGGGUGACUUUGUUUGGUUCAGCUGUGUGACAUAAAGUUUCUGUUUUGUUUUAUACGCCAUUGUUUAUGUUUGUAACGAAAUAUGUAAUUAUAGAAAUAAAAAAAAUAUUGCCUU